AGCCGCCGCCGGAGCCGGCGCCCAGCCCCGCCCGCCGCGCCUCGGCUGGGACCCACCCGCAGAGGAGGCUGAGCCCGCUGGCGACUCCCCGGGGAGCUCGCCCACCUCCCAGCGCCCCGGAGCGCAGGCAAAAGGGGAAGAAAGAUUCCUCUCUUUGGUCACCACUCUUUCUUGCUCUCUCCAAGAAUUUGUUUAAGGAGACGCUGCAGGAAAAAGACAUCUUCUUGAAUCCUCUGUCGGGGCGGGGUCUGCCGCUGCCCUGCGGUGCAGCCUCAGCGACACUACCCUCCACUAGGACCCCUGACCAGCUGGGUCACGUCCGAGAGACGGGAUCAUGAAGCGCUCGGUGGCUGCUUGGCUCCUGGUUGGGCUCAGCCUUGGUGUCCCUCAGUUCUGCAAAGGUGAUAUUUGUGAUCACAAUCCAUGUGAAAAUGGAGGUACCUGUGUGUCAGGAUUGUCUGAUGAUUCCUUUUCCUGCGAGUGCCCAGAUGGCUUCACAGAUCCCAAUUGUUCUAGUGUUGUGGAGGUUGCAUCAGAUGAAGAAGAGCCAACUUCAGCAGGUCCCUGCACUCCCAAUCCGUGCCAUAAUGGAGGAACCUGUGAAAUAAGUGAAGCAUACCGAGGGGAUACAUUCAUAGGCUAUGUCUGUAAAUGUCCCCGAGGAUUUAAUGGGAUUCACUGUCAGCACAAUAUUAAUGAAUGUGAAGCUGAGCCUUGCAAAAAUGGUGGAAUAUGCACAGACCUUGUUGCUAAUUAUUCCUGUGAGUGCCCAGGAGAAUUCAUGGGAAGAAAUUGUCAAUACAAAUGCUCGGGCCCAUUGGGAAUUGAAGGUGGAAUCAUUUCAAAUCAGCAAAUCACAGCUUCAUCUACCCACCGAGCUCUUUUUGGACUCCAGAAAUGGUAUCCCUACUAUGCACGUCUUAAUAAGAAGGGGCUUAUAAAUGCCUGGACAGCUGCAGAAAAUGACAGAUGGCCAUGGAUUCAGAUAAAUUUACAAAGAAAAAUGAGAGUUACUGGUGUGAUUACUCAAGGAGCCAAGAGGAUUGGAAGCCCAGAGUAUACAAAAUCCUACAAAAUUGCCUAUAGUAAUGAUGGAAAGACUUGGGCAAUGUACACAGUGAAAGGCACCAAUGAGGAUAUGGUGUUCCGUGGAAAUGUUGAUAACAACACACCCUAUGCUAACUCUUUCACGCCCCCCAUAAAAGCUCAGUAUGUGAGACUCUAUCCCCAAGUUUGUCGAAGACACUGCACUUUGAGAAUGGAGCUUCUUGGAUGUGAACUGUCAGGCUGUUCUGAGCCUCUGGGGAUGAAAUCAGGACACAUACAGGACUAUCAGAUCACUGCUUCCAGCAUCUUCAGAACUCUGAAUAUGGACAUGUUCACUUGGGAACCAAGGAAAGCUCGGCUGGACAAGCAGGGCAAAGUGAAUGCCUGGACCUCCGGCCACAAUGACCAGUCACAAUGGUUACAGGUGGAUCUUCUGGUCCCUACCAAAGUGACUGGCAUUAUUACACAAGGAGCUAAAGAUUUUGGUCAUGUGCAGUUUGUAGGCUCCUACAAACUAGCUUACAGCAAUGAUGGAGAACACUGGACAGUAUACCAGGAUGAAAAGCAAAGAAAAGAUAAGGUUUUCCAGGGCAAUUUUGACAAUGAUACCCACAGAAAAAACGUCAUCGACCCUCCCAUCUAUGCACGGCACAUAAGGAUCCUUCCUUGGUCCUGGUAUGGGAGGAUCACGCUGCGGUCGGAGCUGCUGGGCUGCACAGAGGAGGAGUGAGGAGAUCCCACAGCCCACAAUCCUACUAUUUCCCUCAAAGUAUCUCCACAGAAUGAACUCUACAAAAUCUAUCUGAAACUGAAUGGAAAUUUUCAUGAAAAAGUGAUAAAAUUACGGUAGGCCACUAACUGUCUUCUUAAGGAGGUCUAAGCCUGCCUUUUCAAAGGUUUAAUUUGAUUUUUAUCAUUUAAAAUUCUUAAGCAACAUCACAUUAGCUGUGAAUUGCUUUUCUCAUUGUUUUCUGACUUCUUCAUACUGGUUGAAAUAUAUUAGGCAAAGAAAGUAGCACUCUUGAUAGCAAGGGUAAAAAAAUCUCAUAGUUAUCAAAUAAAAGCAAGAGUUGUUAGAGCUUUCAUAAUCAAUACUCAACUUAUUCUUAUAAAAAGAAGAAUACUGCAGUGUUAGCAAUAAGUUUUUUUUCCCUUCUAUAAUGAGUCUAUAUUAUCCUAAUUAUUUCCCUGUGCCUGACAAAUACUGUCAGUGUUUAUGACCAAAAUUUGAAGAAAAAUCUGUAACAUGCAGUACUAACUGAAAUUAUAAUUCUCAUCUUACUUUUAUUUCUAAUCAGAGUAUAUGUUCUUUCUCUUUGUGCUAUUCUAUUUCUAUAUAUUAUAUAUUGCCUGAAUAAGUUCAUACUUUUCCCAAUUGACUUUUGUCCUAUUACUUGCCUAAA